UGUCAUAACAUAAACAAAUUACGUUGAUUUCAUACAUUACGAUGAGCUAAAAAUACAACAGCAACGUAUUUGUUCAAAGAAGAUAUUUCUUGUUCGCAUAAUUCGUUCAUUUUCUCGUAGGAUAAUUAGCUGCUAUUGAAGAGGAUUUAUGCGUAGUAAAUUGCUAUUAUAGUAAUUUAAGGUGUUUUUUCAUACAGAAUAGGGAUUAAUAAAUACUAUUUUCUGAACCGUAAUGGAAAAUCUGUCAUCUUCAGAAAGUCUUCAACCGGUGUGUGACAGGCAUAUAAAGGAAGAACUGAAAUAUUAUUGCUUUUUUUGUCGAAGCCACGUCUGUUCAGAUUGUAUUUUAGAGCGUCAUUCUUCACAUGUCCAUGACGUCAAGAGAGCAAGUUCAAGACAGAAAGAGAUAAGAUUUGAGGAAUUAUUUAAUACGCCCGUCCCAGAUGUUACAGGUCAACCUGUUAAAAACGAACUAGAACUAGUAGAAAUUUUGAAACAAAUUGAAGAAUAUCAUCAAAAGACAAAAGAAACCGCUGAAACUAUAAAAGAAAUAAUAGAUAAUCGAGCGGAAGAAUUUCUAAGGCACAUCAAGAAAAUAAAGAAUGAAUUACAAGAGGAAUGUCGGACAAUAACAAAGCAGAAUCAUACACAUCUAAAUAUAAUAAAACAACGAGUCCAUUUAAAGCUCAAUAAACGUUCAGACAACGAAAUUUCCAAAACAUUUCAGCAGCUGAUUAUGAGUAAUGCAGAUUUAAAAUUGGAUCUCUUUAGACAUAGAGAACAUAUUGGACGUGAUGAUGUCAAUAAAUUGCACUCAAAAAUAGACAUGCCGGUAUUUGAACCAGGUAAAAUUGAUACCAUUUUUAUGAAGUCCAUGUUCGGAGCUGUGUUAGUGAAAAGAGAGUUCAAACCUGCUACAUCUAUAUCUGAAACCAAAUGGGAUUACCCGUUUAGGGAAAAGGAGAAUAUUGAACGUAGGCAUACAGAAUCAAAACAGACAAUGUUAAAUUAUUUAGAAUAUGAACUAAACAGCGAAGAAAUCAGUACGCGAAAGAAUUAUUGUAACCGUGUCUCAGAAAAUCACAGAAGCAUGCAGGGUAAUAACUGGACAGAUCAUUUCAACGAAAAACAAAAGAGUUUUACCAAUAUUCCCACCAAUGCAAAAGAAAUUCAAUCAAAACGCGGACAUCCAGAGCAUGAUGGAGGCAUACAUACCGCCAUUAAGAACAAUAAACCAAAAGGAAUCUCAUAUUUUGAUCAUAAAUCCGAAUCUCAUGAAACUGAUGAUGCCAACAAUACAUAUGAUAAUCUACCACUGCCAUUACUGAAAUCUACCAUACACGAUAGCAAUUUUUCGCUAUCCGUGAACUUUAACCAAAGCGCAUCACAUCGCAAAGGCAACAUUCCUAGUUCUAUAUUACAACCCGUUCCCCAUUUAGCAAUCGAUUGCGAAGAUAAACCAGUUUGUUGUCUUUGCGUAAUAGGCUUCGAUGUAUGUUGGAUACAUCAGGGGUUUUCAACCACAAAUUCUUUGUUUCACUCCGGUGCAAAUAAACGAAAGAAAAUUGAGUUUAAAUUUGUUGUUGAGGAUUGGACACUCAAGCCUCCCAACACCGUAAUAGCAGUAGACUAUAACAAUAGAAUUGUUAAAAUAACCCCAAUGGGAUUACCUGAAAAUACUUUAUCCUCGACUCAGAAUAUUGGCUGGUCUUUUUACCACGUUGAUCUACAUCCAAUUGCAGUGGCAUUUUGCAAAAAUGGCGAUGUAUUAGUGUCUCUUGUAGACUCAUGGUCUUACAAUACAGAUAGCAAAAGUCGUCGACAAGUUGUAAGGAUGAAUGAUGAUUUUGAAGUGGUGCAAACAAUUGAAUUUUACGGUACAAAAAGAAUUUUCACGACACCAAGGAGACUUGCCGAAAAUAUGAAUGGUGACAUUUGUGUAUUGGAUGAAACAAGUGAGAAAAGAGGAAAAAUUUUGAUAUUUAAUAAGGACAGAUCGUUGAAGCUUGUUUAUACCGGAAUCAAUGACAGUGAAGAGCAUUUCAAUCCAAAUAGUAUCUGCUGCGACAGUGAAGCAAGAAUAAUCAUUUCCGACUAUAGUUGUAACAAGCUGCAUAUUUUAGAUCAAUCAGGAAAUUUUCUGCAAUAUAUUAUUCAUUCGGAAAUUAAAAACCCUUUCUGUAUGACAAUUGAUUGCAAGGACCAUUUAUGGAUAGGGUUAAAAAGCGGGAAAAUCGUUUAGUUUAGAGCAGCUGGAUGAACCUACUCAUCCUAGAGAAUUAUACAAAUUAUAUAAGGUGUAAAUUGACUGGAAUUUAAAUUAAAAUUAAGGAAAAUAAAUUUGAAUUAUUGGUUCAUUAACGUCAGUUUGCCAUCAAUUGAGAACAGUCAAUUGAUCAUUGCGAGGAAACAUUUUGGAAGAUUUAUUAUCUUCAAGGUAUAAAUUUAAAUAAAUGAAAAGGAUUGGCAUUAUGUAA